GCAUAAAAACAAGCAAGUGGGCGUAGAGGAGAGUUCGGUGUAGUGCUUUCUUUGCUGUUUUGCUUGUGAAAGUUUCAACAAUGGUGCAACAACUCUCCAAAUCUGGAGCGAAGGAGAAUCCUCUGCUGAAAGCUGGGCAUCCUCCGGCAGUGAAGGCUGGAGGUAAACGGGUAGCUAAGAAAAGCUUGGACGAGAGUGGCACCCAUCCAGAGAAGGAGACCAAGAGGUCUGACAAACCGAGGUCCCUCGCCACCACCAACAGGAUGCAACAAGUUAGCAUUCUUCUGGCAGGAACUCUCGACAAGCUGAGCCAUGACUUUCCAGAGACACCGGUGAGCGUGAGGCACAGCAAGGUGCGCCCGGCGAUGGAGAAGACCCACUCCCCCCGGACCUUUUUCAUCCAGCAGCCGAGGAAGUUUUGAACAACACGUGUUGAAGAAUUUCCCGGACGGGACCAUGUUAAGUCAACCGUGAAAGACAAACAUGAAGUGUUAGACACAUGAGGGGACUGACAGGUUUUCUGUAGAGUGUCCGUGUUUAUAGAGAGGAGGAGAGAGAGAGAGCUAUUAUUGAGCUCUGUUUAUUUUCUAGGCUGUGCUUGUUUUUGAGAAUACUAUAAACCAGCAUUGGAAUGUGUCUUUUCUAGUAUUGUAAGAGGAAUGCUGUAGUUGUUUUUCUCAGCUGAUAAAAACCAGAUGGUGUUUGGGUAUGUUCAAUGGGAGGGUUGGGGAUUGUUAAGUGAGGUUUUUUUGAGAUGGCUCUUUUUCCAGUGAAAUCUUCACUUUGUACUGCUUGGCUCUUAUUAGAUUUGAAUAAAAAAAAGAAUAAA